AUGGCUGUUAGCGAUCAAGCGGGCGUUGCCAAUGGCACUCACAAACCUUCGGUCCUGAUAGUCGGAGGUCUUGGAUACACUGGCCGUUUCCUCGCAAAGUACAUACAUUCGCAGAAUCUUGCAUCAUCCGUUCGCAUAGUCGAUAAAGUCCUGCCUCAACUCGCACACCUUGCCCCGGAAUUCACUGAAGCAUGUUCUCCCGAGAUAUUCAUGCAAGCCGAUGCAUCGCGAGAGUCCUCCGUAUCCCGUAUCUUCGACCACCCUGACGGGCCCGACGCAACCUGGGACUACGUCUUCAAUCUUGCCGGGGAAACUGCUUGGUCACAGGCGCCCGAGAUAUACAGGCUGCGGUCUUGGCAAGUCAGUGUCACUCUGGGGAAAGAAGCGGCAAAACGUGGAGUGAAAGCCUUUGUCGAGGCCAGCACGGGCAUGGUCUAUGCUCCCAAUCGCACACCCCGCACCGAACAAGACAAAUUGAAGCCCUGGAUGAAACUCGCCAAAGUCAAGCUGGAGGCCGAGCAAGACCUGUCUCGGAUACCAGGAUUAAAUCUCGUCAUACUGCGUCUAGCGUACGUCUAUGGAGAGUAUGACUCGAAAUUCAUUGGCAAAGCGCUGUGUCUGGCACGGGUCUACCAAGAGCAGCAGAAGGAACUGAAGUGGUUGUGGACGGAGGACUUACGGAUCAAUACGGUCCACGUGGAGGAUCUGGCACGAGCGCUAUGGGCAGCGGCGCAAUGGAGAUCCACCAACUCGACCAUACCCUCUUCCUCUCCCACCACGAGCCGGAGGCCAACCCUGGGUUCCAAAGGAGAAGACGCCCCAAGUGGAAAUGUUCCCAUCUUCAAUAUUGUCGACCACGGACAGACAAGUCAGGGUAUCUUAGCAGACACUGUGUCCAAAGUCUUUGGUAUCAAGACGGGGUUUCAAGGCUCCUUGAUCUCGCAGUUUGCAAGAAUGAAUCUUGAGCAUGUCGUUGACGACCUCAAUGAAGAUAUCCUUCAACCGUGGGCCGACAUGCUUGAACAAAAGGGCAUCACUAAACCGGGUCCACUCAGUCCGUUUCUGGAGAAAGAGUUGCUCAAGGACACGGAUUUAAGCUUGGACGGAAGCCUCUUUGAGAGAACAGUGGGAUUCCGCUACGAGCGUGAAGAGGGUCUCACGGUAGAGCGUGUCCAAGAAGUGAUCGCGAGCUACAAAAGGAUGGAAUGGUGGCCGUGA